CGCGUCGCCGCCGAGGGGCAGGGCCCCCUCACCCCCUCCCUUUCCCUCUCUUCGGCCCUGUCGCCCCCUGCGCGCGCGCGCACACUCGCGAGCCCCGGCGACAUGCAAAUGAGCUGGCAGCAUUGCCCAGACCCAAGCCCCCCCACUGCUCAAUGGACACCCCCAGCCCAGACCCGUUGCCUUCGCCUUUGUCCGGGGAGGAAGAGAAACCUCUGGCCUUACCUCCUCCUGUUCCCCGGGGCCGCCGAGGCCGACGUCCUGGGGGGGCCAGCUCCUCCAACCGGACGCUUAAAGCCUCCCUCUCUUGCAAGCGGGGCCGCUCUUCCAAAACAGGGCAGGAAACCCCGCUGGCGCAGGGAGUGACAACCCCAGUGGGCAGCAGUGGUGGCAGCGACCUCCUGUUGAUCGAUGAUCAGGGUGUGCCCUAUACAGUCUCUGAAGGGUCAGCAGCAGGUGGGCCUGAGGGCUCUGGCACCAAGAAGGCCCCACACUUCUGCCCAGUGUGCCUACGGGCCUUCCCCUACCUCUCCGACCUAGAGCGUCACAGCAUCUCGCAUUCAGAGCUGAAGCCGCAUCAGUGCCAGGAUUGCGGCAAGACCUUCAAGCGGUCCAGCCACCUGCGGCGGCACUGCAACAUCCAUGCUGGCCUGCGGCCCUUCCGCUGCCCGCUCUGCCCCCGCCGAUUCCGCGAGGCGGGUGAACUGGCCCACCACCACCGCAUCCACUCUGGGGAGCGCCCAUACCAGUGCCCGGUCUGCCGGCUUCGCUUUACAGAGGCCAACACGCUCCGGCGCCAUGCCAAACGCAAGCACCCGGAGGCCAUGGGGGUACCCAUGUAUUCCCCGGACCCAGGGCCUGAACCAUCGUGGGAUGACGAGGGCAUCCCGGCCACAACAGGGGCCGAUGAAGAGGAGCCGGAGGGGAGGGAGCCAGCCUGAUCCAUGCUGGCUCCCACUGCUCCGCCGGCCAGGUUUAGAGCUAGGAGUUCGGCUGGUGUUGGGCCUGAGGAAGAGGGCCGGGGCACUUUUGUUUUUGGUGUUCUUGCCGCCGUGGGUCGGGGUGGAGGUUGGGGCCUUAAACUUCUGGGUCCUGCUGCCUUCUGCCUCCUCCCGGACUAACAGGCUCUGGGAGGCAGGGGCUCUGGAAAUAAAUCUCUGCCUACUGGC